CUCCGCCCGGCCUCCCAGGAUGCAGCGCGCUGGCGGGAGGUUUGGAGCGGAUGGCUACUGUAUCCGCGUGGGGCCUCCGGUAUGUUGCCGCUGCGUUGAGUUUCAUAAGUAAAAGCCACACCUUUGAUUUACCUACCCUAUCUUCUUUGCUGAUGAAGCUGAAACUACUCUGUGAUGCCUGUUGUCCCAGAUCUUUCUGUUAAUUGCCUAACAACAAACCAGUUUAGAAACAUCAACUGGAAUCAAUUUGCAUUUGAAAAUUAGAUCAGCACAAAGACUUGAUAUUGUGGAAUGACUAGCAAACAAGCAAUGUCAUCUAACGAACAAGAAAGGCUCUUGUGUUAUAAUGGGGAAGUCCUUGUUUUCCAGUUGUCUAAAGGAAAUUUUGCAGAUAAAGAGCCUACAAAAACACCCAUAUUACAUGUCAGAAGAAUGGUAUUUGACAGAGGAACAAAAGUAUUUGUUCAGAAGUCCACUGGAUUUUUUACCAUAAAGGAAGAAAACUCUCACUUAAAAAUCAUGUGUUGCAACUGUGUGUCAGAUUUCAGAACUGGAAUUAACCUCCCUUAUAUUGUGAUAGAAAACAAUAAAAAAAAUAAUGUUUUUGAAUAUUUUUUACUAAUCCUUCACAGUACCAAUAAAUUUGAAAUGCGUUUGAGUUUUAAACUAGGCUAUGAGAUGAAGGAUGGCCUAAGGGUCCUUAAUGGCCCUUUAAUUUUAUGGAGGCAUGUCAAAGCAUUCUUCUUUAUCUCUUCUCAAACUGGCAAAGUUGUUAGUUUGUCAGGUAACUUUUCCUCUAUUCACUGGGCAGGGGAGAUUGAAAAUUUAGGUAUGGUUUUAUUGGGACUAAAGGAAUGUUGUUUAUCUGAGGAAGAAUGUACUCAAGAGCCUUCAAAAUCAGAUUAUGCAAUUUGGAAUACCAAAUUUUGUGUAUAUUCUCUUGAAAGUCAAGAAGUAUUAAGUGACACAUACAUUAUUCCUCCUGCUUACAGCAGUGUGGUGACUUGUGUACAUAUUUGUGCAACUGAGAUCAUCAACAACCAGUUAAGAAUAUCUCUCAUUGCCCUUACUCGAAAGAAUCAGCUGAUUUCAUUUCAGAAUGGAACUCCUAAAAGUGUGUGCCAGCUUCCAUUUGGAGAUCCUUGUGCAGUUCAACUUAUGGAUUCGGGUGGAGGAAACCUCUUUUUCGUUGUAUCCUUUAUAUCCAAUAAUGCUUGUGCUGUAUGGAAAGAGAGCUUUCAGGUUGCUGCUAAAUGGGAAAAACUUAGCUUAGUACUGAUAGAUGACUUUAUUGGAAGUGGAACUGAACAAGUACUCCUACUUUUUAAGGACUCCUUGAACUCAGAUUGCCUGACUUCAUUUAAAAUAACGGAUCUUGGAAAAAUAAACUAUUCAAGUGAACCAUCGGAUUGCAAUGAAGAUGACUUAUUUGAAGACAAACAAGAGAAUCGUUACCUCGUGGUUCCACCUCUAGAAACAGGACUGAAAGUUUGUUUUUCUUCUUUUCGGGAAUUACGGCAGCAUCUCUUGCUUAAGGAAAAAAUUAUUUCAAAAUCUUACAAAGCUUUAAUAAACCUGGUUCAAGGAAAAGAUGAUAAUACAUCAAGUGCAGAGGAGGAAUGUCUUGUUCCUCUUUGUGGUGAAGAAGAAAAUUCUGUCCAUAUCUUAGAUGAAAAGUUAUCAGACAAUUUUCAAGAUUCAGAACAGCUAGUAGAGAAGAUAUGGUAUCGUGUAAUGGAUGAUAGCUUGGUUGUUGGAGUGAAAACUACAUCUUCUUUGAAGCUGUCCCUGAAUGAUGUGACUUUAUCAUUGUUAAUGGAUCAAGCCCAUGACUCCAGAUUUCGGCUUCUUAAGUGUCAAAAUAGAGUGAUUAAGUUGAGUACAAAUCCUUUCCCAGCACCAUACUUGAUGCCGUGUGAAAUAGGAUUGGAAGCAAAAAGGGUCAAGUUGACCCCUGAUAGCGAGAAAGAGGAAAGCUUUGUUUGUGGACACCCAUCUAAGAAAGAGUGUGUACAGAUAAUUACUGCUGUAACAUCUCUUUCACCACUUUUAGCAUUCAGUAAAUUUUGUUGCACUGUACUGCUACAAAUUAUGGAGAGAGAAAGUGGUAACUGUCCUAAAGAUCGUUAUGUUGUGUGUGGCAGAGUUUUUUUAAGUCUAGAAGAUCUUUCAACUGGGAAGUACCUACUGACAUUUCCAAAGAAGAAACCUAUAGAGCACGUGGAAGAUCUUUUUGCACUUCUUGCAGCAUUCCACAAAUCUUGUUUUCAAAUCACAUCACCCAGCUAUGCCCUGAAUUCAAUGAAGGUGUGGCUCUUAGAACAUAUGAAAUGUGAAAUAAUCAAAGAAUUUCCAGAAGUGUACUUUUGUGAAAGGCCGGGAAGUUUCUAUGGGACACUCUUCACUUGGAAACAGAGAACACCAUUUGAAGGGAUUUUAAUAAUCUAUUCCAGGAAUCAAACAGUUAUGUUCCAGUGCCUUCAUAAUCUCAUCAGAAUUCUCCCUAUAAACUGUUUCCUCAAAAAUCUAAAAUCAGGAAGUGAGAAUUUCCUAAUUGAUAAUAUGGCAUUUACUUUGGAGAAGGAACUAGUCACCCUUAGUUCUCUUUCUUCUGCCAUAGCUAAAGAUGAAAGCAAUUUUAUGCAGAGGUGUGAAGUGAGCAAAGGAAAGAGUAGUGUCGUCGCACCUGCUUUAUCAGACAGAAGGGAAAAUACCCAUCCCUACAGAAAAGAACUUCAGAGAGAAAAGAAGAAAAUGUUGCAAACGAACCUAAAAGGUCUCACUCUGUUUCCCAGGCUGGAGUGCACUGGCACAAUCUCGGCUCACUGCAGCCUCUACCUCCCAGCACAAGUGAUCCUCCCACCUCAGCAUCCCCGAGUAGCUGGAACCACAGGUUAUUGUUCAUGCCUUAUGUAAGUAAUCAUUGUGGAAGGAAGGAUAUGUUUUCUUUAAUUCCUAAAUGAGAAAUUACUCUGAACGCAGAAGCAGUGGGAAGAUGAUGAUUGUACAAUGCCUAAUAUCCUUUAUUCAUUAAGACUUACACUAAAAGAACCCAACUCAAAACAAAUUUACACAUGAAAGACAUAUAAUGGUUGUUGUAACCAAUGGAAAGCAUUCAAGCUUGAGUCAGUUUGAUUCAGCAGCUUAGCAGGAUAUUAAGAAGAUUGUCAGCUUCCUCCUAAAGUUGGCCCCCCACAUGUUAUGGAAGGGCUGAAACACUUCCAGGAUACACAUCUGCGCACCACUCCAUCCAGAAGAGAGCUUUAUGGAAGAGUGAAGAACCUUCUUUUCCAAAGGAAAAUCUUCCCUCAUGUUUUACUGCCCCACGUUCAUUCACACAUUCAAUCAUGAACUAGUAUCUGUGGCCAGUUGAAUACCCUGUAUUAAUUGGCUUAGGCUUGAAGAUAGGGAAACUUCACAUUUUACUGUUUACUACUACUACAGUUUUUUGUGUAGGCAUUUAUUUAUGGGUUGAAUUAUGUCCCCCCAAAAAGAUAUGCUGAGGUUCUAACUCCUGGUACUUCAGAAUAUGGCCUUGUUUAGAAAUAGGGUUGUUGCAGAUGUGGUUGAGAUAAGGUCAUACUGGAGGAGGGUGGGCUGCAUUCCAGUGACUCAUGGUGUCCUUUUGAGAAGAUGGCCACGUUAAUACAGAGACACAGGGAAAAUGCUCAUGACAAGGCAGGGACUGGAGUUAUGUAGCUGCAAGCCAAAUAUUUCCUGCAAAUCACCAGAAAGUAGGAAGAGGUAAGAAAGGUUUCAGAGGGAGCCUGGCCCUGAUUUCAGACUUUUAGCCUCCAGAACUGAGGAACAAUAAAUUUCUGUUGUUUUAA